UGACAAAGGGAAACAGCUUGGCACAGGGGUUCGGCAACUGAGCUGCGCUGCGAGCCCAUGAAAACAGGAGAGGAGCAAAAACCAAGAGAAGUCAUCAGCUUCACCUGAACAAAGACGAGGCACAAGCAAACACACAUGGGGCAGGGAGAGGCUUCAGCUCGGGGGACAACCAUGGAGGGAGAUUGUCUCAGCUGCAUCAAGUACCUCAUGUUUGUCUUCAAUUUCCUCAUCUUUCUUGGGGGUUCUUUCCUACUGGGAGUGGGAGUGUGGGUACUAGUGGACCCAACAGGGUUCAGGGAAAUUGUAGCAGCCAACCCAUUGCUAUUCACCGGCGUUUACAUCAUCCUGGGCAUGGGAGGCAUGCUCUUCCUUCUGGGCUUCUUGGGAUGCUGCGGAGCUAUCCGGGAAAACAAGUGUCUGCUCCUCUUUUUCUUCAUGCUCAUCCUCCUCAUUUUCUUAGCAGAACUGGCUGCUGCCAUCCUGGCCUUCAUAUUCCGGGAGCAUCUGACCAGAGAAUACUUCACCAAGGAGCUGAAGAGACAUUAUCAGGGCUACAACAACAGCGACGUCUUCACCUCCACAUGGAACGCCAUCAUGACUACAUUUGACUGCUGUGGGGUGAACAGCCCAGAGGAUUUUAAGGACAGCCUGUUCAGGCUGAUCAACCAGGAUCAUAUGGUGCCAGAAGCCUGCUGCCAGCGUGCCAGUCAAACCGAGGAGUUGGCCCACAUCAGCCGAGGGCAGUGCUUAUCAGGAAAUAUGAUGUCCCGUAAUAAUAAGGGCUGUUACUCUGCAGUAGUUGACUACUUUGAACUGUACAUCUAUGUGGCAGGAGCGCUGGCUAUUGUGGUGCUGACCAUUGAGCUUUUUGCCAUGGUCUUUGCGAUGUGUCUCUUCAGGGGGAUCCAGUAAAGCUGCUCCAUCUGUGAACUUGUUUUUGUUUUUUUAAAGGGAAUUCAGGACUUAAAAAACAAACAAACAAAAAAAAAACCAAAUCAAAAUGGACACUUGUAAAUUUGUUGAUCUCUUUUUCUAUUGGCUAACUGAUAGAAAUACAAACUCUAGUACUUCACAGCUGGACUUUUGAGGUACUGGGUGGCAAAAACACACAUAACAUGCACACAGACUUUAGAGAACGAAUGAGAUCAGAGACAAAACUGAUGUAAAAAAGAUUUGUGUGUAAAGUGGAAACAGUAAUUUGUGGACCAGGUCUAGCACAGACUGGGUAUAAUGUGGACCAGGCAUGAAGACCAGGUGAAGCCUGAGCAGAAGGCACUGCACUGACUUUUGGAUGAAGAAUAUUUAUAUGAAGUAAACUUGGCUUAAUUGUGUAAAAAUGUGUUCUAUGUACAGUACUCUCAUUGGGCUGUUAUCCUUUCCUUUUCAUACUCUGUACUGUAACACACUCCCUCCCUCAACAUGCCUUUUUUACAGCCACUCUCCUUUAAUGCUGUAUUAUAUAAGCUCUGUGUGUGCGCGUGCAUGAGUGUGAGACUGUGUGUGUUUGUAUGUGUGUAUAUACUGGAUGCUCUCUAUGAACAUGUAUGAACUAAUUAGUGAGCAUGUGAUUCAUGGCUCUCUGUGACCCCUCCCAAGCUUGAAGGCCAAUCUCUGACUCUUUUUCUAUUUGUACGGUGAUGUUUAUUGCAGUAGUGGUUAAAUGUGGUUUUAGGUGGUGAAAUUUAUGUGUAUGCAUUUGUAUUAGAAUCUUGAAAAGUCAUUGAUAUAAAUGACAUUCUAAAUGGCUGUCUUUGUGUUUUUCUUAAACACAUUUUGAUAUCAUUUUUAGAAACAUAAGUAGCCUUUUUUGCAGGGUUCUGCCUCUAAUCCUCAUAAGUAACAAUAACACAUGUUAGCAUGUUGUAAGCAAAUAUUGUACAUAAAAUGAAGAUUUUUCCAAGGACACUGUCCAUCUUGGCCAAUAUAGAACAAUUCAAUUUAAUUUGUAAAUUGUUAAAUAUGAGGGAGAAAACUCAAAUCAAGCUUCAUGACAGAGCUCAUUUUAUAAUUAAACUGCAAAACCACUAAAUUUGUCAGAAAUGACAACUAUAGAUUUUCUGCUGCAGCCAUACGGUAUGGAUGAUUUGUCUCUUAGUAUGAAACCAUUCAUCAUGCGACACCAUUUGAUAUAUGGAGUUUAGAAACAUAACAGAUUGUUUCAUGUAUUGAUGAGCC